CCGUGCUUUGGACAGGGGAGCUGCGGUUUGCCAGCCACUCAGCCACUGGCGAUUUUUCGAGCCGUAUCGGCGCGAUCGCGUUGCUUGACAGCGUGACAGCAAGAACAGUCCUAAUCCGUACUUCGCACCUAAAGUAAUACCGCUGGUGGCUUUGUUGACACUGGCCGCAAGCAAAACUCCGAAAAUCAGCGACAACUCCCACCAACUGGCAACCAUACAUACCGAAAUCGACACUGCAGGAUGCGAUAAACAAGCGCCCAAUUGCGAAGCUCUACCUCAUCUCCUUCUCGACGCUCAGGGCAACCGUCGAUACAACAUCCUCCCUCUCUCCAAACUUUUGCAUCAAGCGCCAUUGGCUCCAUCGACAUGGCGCCGGCAUUUGGCUACCCGGCCUCUGAGAGCUCUCGGACUAGCUCACAAAGCCAGGGUCAAGAGCCGGCGAACGAUGAAAUGGCGGAUCUCGAGACAACGUACCAGGAGAGCACCAUUCGGGUAGGGGAGGAAGUCGACUAUUUCGCCGCCCAGCUCGACCGUUACAACACCGACUUGACAGGCUCGCCAGCAGAGAGACUCACCCAGGUUAUCAAGCUUGUCGACACUUACUACACAUACACGCGCAAGAGGGCCGAUCGGUUACGUGAGCGCGAACCCCGGGGACGAUCCACGCGGGGAGGAAGCUGGCAGAGGGCUGGUUCGGCCGACAUGGACAUGGAUGAGGUCGACGAUAGUAACGAUGCCGUCUCCGCCGAAGAUGUGCGCCGCGUAGAAGAGGAGGCGCAAACAUGGGAUCUCCUGCGGCGCAUUCUCCCUCUACGAUAUGGUGACCAGACCGCAUCGCAACUAGGGAAUCCCGACGACGUCUCGACUAGGAGUCGUAGGCAGUGGUGGGACGAAUUCAUGGUCUCUGAUUCGGUUGCGCGAGAGCGAAAGAUUGUCCUGGAAUGGCUUCAAAGUAGUGCGAGCUACGGGCCGCCAAUCGACGAGGUGGUGAGCGAGCUCCAACAAAAUGCCGAGAGGGGUGACAUACUGGCGCACGGCUGGCUCCAUACCCGUCACAAGAUCAAGCUGCAAAAGAGCGUCAACGGUUAUCAGGGCGUGUUGGACCACCACGACGCCGCUGCCGCUCAAUCACAUCUUGGCUCCAAUACCCUAAUCACCCAACUGGAUCCAGACGCUGUCACCCGCCAGGCCCGUAAACUGGAGUCGCAGGACGAGUUCUUCGAGCGCGCGAUCUGGCUCGGAUGCUUCGAGAUGCUUCGCCGGGGCUGCUCCAUGUCCGAGAUCAGGGAGUGGUGCGCCGAGAGGACAGAGCUAUGGAGGGCCGCGUCGAUUGCACCUCUGCCGCUUUCCAAUCCAGACGAUGAGGAGCAACCCGAGUUUGAGCCAAGCUCGUUGGUCUUGUGGAGGCGCAUGUGCUUUGCCGCUUCCAGAGACGGCGGGACAGGAGAGUACGACAGAGCAGUCUAUGGGUUAUUGGCGGGCGAUAUCGCCAGCGUGGACAAGGUGUGCAAAUCCUGGGAUGAUCUUCUCUUCGCACAUUACAACGCGCUUCUCAGGACACAAUUCGAUCUGUACCUUGCCAAGCAUGGCGGGGAGGCUGCCAGCAAAGCCGCGCAGCAAUUUCCUUCCUUCAACGCCGUUCUGCACCACAGCGACCCGAUGACGGUUAGCAGACGUCUCAUCGCUUCCUUGGAGACGGACACAAGAACCAGGAGAGAAGCUCUGCGCGCUGGAAAGGCGCUACAAGGGGCUAUUGUCUCCCACGACUUGGACCGGCACUUAUUCUACCAAGGUCUUGUGUUGUCUAGACACGCGAACGAGAGGCAGACUUCGAAGCUGAUUCCCAAGGUGACUUCCCCUCUGGUGGAAAGCUUCAAUCAAGACAAGUUCUUUGACUUGGCGGAUCACGACGGCCUCCGGAUCCUAGCCCACGUUCUCAUCGUCAUCUCCGCUCUUGACCGUCUCGCCGGUUUCGCUGAGGAAGGCGGUGCGCUGCAGAGUCGCCAUCAAGCACAAGAGAACAUUAUUGCAGCAUACAUCAGCUAUCUCCGGCUUGCCAGUUUGGAGGAAAUGAUCCCUCUAUACGCCUCCAAAUUGUGCGGCACCCGGUUGCAUGAGACGUUGAGCAGAAAUCUCAUGCACAUCAUCGACAAUGACGUUCGGGUACACCAGCUCACCAUAAUGAGGAAGCUGGGACUCGAUCUGGCCGAGUUCGCGAAGCGUCAGCCUUCGAUCUAUCUGGAAGACGUCCAGGACCAGUCUCUGCGCUGCGAAGCGAAGGGGCGAUUCAAAAUACUCGAACCCGGUCCGGCGACGCUGAAGUACGGCCGACUUGUGAAACCUGAUUUCUUUGGCGAGGACGCCGAGUUUGUUGAUGAUGAAGACGAGCUGAUCAUUCGCGCCAUGGAGUGGCUCAUCCUGGUUCCGGGCCAGUUCGUGGAGACGUGCACCUACACUAUCCGGAUCUACAAGUAUCUGCUCAAACGGACAAGGUUACGCGCCGCGCGCUCUUUCAGUGACCGGGUGUCUGGGCGAGACAUUGUGAAGACGAAGUCCCCCAUCCCAGUGCGGGACUCGAGCGAGGAUUCCGGCCCCGGUUGGUUCCAGGAGUUUGCCAAUGGUGACUUCACAGACGAGUUCCUCGAGACAUGCCAAAUGAGCAAGGAAAAGCUCAUCAACCUCGUGCGAAAUAUGUGGGAGCUCGAGUGUCUCGUCCGCGCCCUGGAUGCGAUGGAGACGCUGUCGUCAUUGGCUGGGCUCACCAGAGAGGAAAACAAUUCGACACGCGAGAUGUGGCAGCAUACGAGCCAAGAGGUUCGGUCAGCCAAGGCGUGCAUGCAGCCGGUCUUGAAGGGUUGGUUGUUGGUGUCAAAUGAAGUGGACAAAGACUUUCAGGAGCUUCGCGACGCCUACAUCCCCGAGACGGUGCUGGCUUACAUCAGCUGCCUGCACUUUGCGGGUACAUCUCUCUCCCGGGACAAUCUCUUGGAGUGCAUGGAGCUCGCGGCUGUGAUUGCCGAGAAGGAUUCAGAUGUGGCCCGGGAGUUCCUGAAAUCCGGCAGAAUGAAGGAGCUCGUCGAGGCUUUUGCGUCGUGCAGCAAGGCGCUGGCGAUAUGGACGAGUGACAAGAAGGGAUCGCAAACAAACUCCAAGAAGAUUAGGGAAAUGGGGUGGUCACGAGAACUGUGGUCCAUCAAGCCAUAGAUGGUCACGGCGCCUGAACUACGGGUUGUAAACCUGGCUGGAUAGAUAAUUGGUGAGCGUUGGUCAAGGUGAGGGGGCGCCUAGUUGAGCUUUGCCCUCUCGGAGGUAAGACG